CUAACAAAUACUAAAUCAUAUGAUUAUGGCAUUUCUCUUGACAGUGUAUUAAUUUUUACAUCGUGAUCUUUAUCAAUAUAAUGGAAAUCGAAAGGAGGGCUAAAUUUGUUAAAAAAGAAAAAAAUAUUUGCAAAAAAGAUGCUGUAAAACGUAAUACUCAUCUAUAUUUACAAGAAAAAAAUUUAAAACAAAUACCUAAAAUAUCUUCCACCAAAGACGUCGUUGUAAUAUAUUUAUUUAAUAACGAUAUAACUGAAAUAGAAAAUUUAAACGGCGGCGAAUUUGGUAACUUGACCAGUUUAUAUUUGCAAAAUAAUCGAAUCAAAAGAAUAGAAAAUCUAAAUUUGAAGAAUUUGAGAAGAUUAUUCAUAGGGCACAAUAAUAUUUCCGUCGUGGAAGGAUUGGAAAAUUUGGUAAACUUGGAAGAACUUCAUAUCGAAAAUCAGAAUAUGCCAGACGGAACCGCAUUAUGUUUCGACCCAAGAAGUCUCCUGAAAUUGUCACGGACUUUACAAAUUUUGAACAUAUCUUAUAAUAAGAUAGUUUCGUUCGCAAGUUUAUCCCCGUUGAUCGAACUCACCUCAAUUGACGCUUCUCAUUGUAAAUUGAACGAUUUGAAAGAAGUUUGCGAUACAAUUAGAAAUUGGAAAUAUUUGAACAGGGCCGUCUUUCAAGGAAACCCAUUUUCGAAGUUGCAUAGAUAUAGGGAAGAUAUAAUAAUCAAUUGUUACUAUUUGGAAAGUUUGGACGGAAAAGAGAUACAAGAAAACACGAGACAAUUUUUAAAAAGACUCGAGCGCGAAAAAAUCGCCAGAUCUAAAUUUACGAUCCCAGCCGUGCCAAAUUUAUCAGAAAUCGUUGAAACUCUACCGAAAAAUUACUCACCGGCAGUUCAAAAAACUGUAUCUGCGGCCAUUUUGAAAGGAAAAAAAUACAACCCUUUGAAUAUAUCGGAAAUGAGUGAAACUGAAGGCAAUAUACAUAUAGCUUGGACCAGCUUGCCAAAAAGGAGACCUAUUGCGAAGCCACUGAAAACAAAACCGAAUACUAUUGAUAAUUCUGUAAUAAUAAACAGAUUUCCCUAA